AAACUAUGAACUCUCGUAAAUGAUAGAACUUGUUCAUGAGCAUAGACAUUAGAUCGGUGGACUGGUGCUAUGUGCUUGUGAAAAAUGUUGUUUUCUCGCAGCGUGUUGGUAUUUGAGAUAUCAUCAAACUAUUGAUUUCACCGCAGCUGAGAAACCACUUACCCUGGAGUCCUCGACAGGGGGAAAAAUGGGCGUGGUCGAGAGAUUAAAUUCCACCAUUUUACCCGCGGCAGUGAAGGCCGGUGGAUUUGGGGAGGAUGUGAAAAAAUUCGUUAGCUUUGAAGCCAAUGACACGAAAGGGACGGAUCAAUUUUGUUCGGCUCCCGUCUUCGGCCAAGUCACAUUGGAGAGGAGUACAUCCGAGCGUUUCGUCCAACCCGUUCUUGUAAAAACGCAAAUUCAGUCCAGGACUGGAUUCCCACCGAAAGAAGUGUCGGAUGGCUGGUUCUACAAUGAGAUCCUGUUUUACACAAAAGUGAUACCUCUGUUGCGGAAUUACGACAAAUGCGAAGUUUUGUCGUCCAGUUUCUGCGAGUUCGUGUACGGCGCAACGACUGACAACCCUAAUUCCGAGGAGAACGUGAUCGUGUUGAAGGAUCUCCGGGAGAAGGGAUUCAAGCCAUGCAUCAACCCUGAUCACUUGGAUGGGGAUCACAUCGAGCUGGUGCUGGACCGACUGGGAAAAUAUCACGCUCUGUCUUUGAUGUGCAAAACAGACAACCCGAGUGGAUUUCACGAGGUGGCAUCCCAGAUCAAACAGAUCAGCCACGCUGAGGCGAUAUCUUCGUUUGCUGGAAUUAUUACUAAGGAGGCCUUCAGAGAAUGCGUAUUUCGAGGUAUCGAACCAUUGCGAAAGGAACCGAAGUACCAGGACAAACUGGUGGAUCUGUGCGCCAACUGCGAAAACGCCUACGAUUGGAUAGACAAGUACGGGUUCGACUCCCGGAAUCGGCUCACCGUUAUCACGCACGGCGAUUUCAAGCUGGACAAUAUGAUGUUCAAAUACCGCGAAGACGGAAAACCCAUCGAGGUUGUGUUCUUCGAUCUCGCCUGGAUCAAACUUUCUUCGCCGGCGAUCGAUACCAGUUAUUUCCUCUUCUAUAACGUACCGACGGUCGCUAGGCGAGGCCGCUUGCACCAUCUUCAUCGCGUUUAUCACGAUGCCUUGUCCAACCACUUGGGUGACCACCGGGAGAAACCGUCUAUCGAGGAUGUUGAACUGGACCUGCGCAAGAAAGGGAUUUUUGCCUACUAUUUUCUUGCGACGGCUUUGCCGACAGUGAGCAGUAUUAUAGCCGGUGACGUGGUCUUACCACCCCCGAAGUUGGAGGACCUGGACCAAAGCCAGUAUCAUGAGACGAUGGGCACCUAUAUGCAGCAUUUAGGGGAGCGAGGUGGUGUUGGCACGACUGAAAUUUUAGCCGACAUUCUUAGGUUUAUGAUCGAUGAAGACUUCAUAUUUGAGCGCUAAGGGCCAAAUUGGACGGGGUUAAACAGAAAGGAACCAAGCCACAUCGGGAUCGAACGGAGAAAAGAGAUUUAAAGUUUGGCACCUGCAUAAGGUAAAAGAUAAACUUCAAGUUCAAUUUCUGCAAAAUUUGCUCCAACAAAAACUUUGAAUUUUUGGCGAUAGAUAGUAGAGCAGUGGCUGAGUUCAAAACCACUUAUAACUCAAUUUUUUUCCAAAAUGUGGGUUGGUUCCUUUCGGCUUAAUUCAGUUCAAUUCAUCGUAGUCAGAAACGCUGGGUGCUCCACAGCUCAUGAAAAGACAAUAAGCGAAUUUUUGCGCUCGAAUAUCAUUCAUCAAACGAAUUGAAGUGUGCUGAGUGAUGCCAAUGAACGGUGAAAGCGGGAGCCAAUCAGAGUUCAGAUUUUUUUUUUUUUUUAAACGAAAUUAAGAAAAAAAUACGAAAAUACGAAACACUCAUGAAACGCAACAGACUUGAAAUGACAAAACACAACAACAGGGAGAAAUGACGGAAAAAAAAUUCUGGUGAAAGAUGAAGUUUCUGGCAUUGAUUGCAUCAAUUCAAAAGUCGAAUUCAAGUCCCGAGGUGUAUUCGAAAUUUCAAAUUGAUGGAUUUCUACGGUCUACGAUGAGACCAACGAAAGGGUCGAAUAUAAUUUUGAAAAAAUGCACAAUCGUCGAAUAUCAACGGUGAAUGAUAUUCGAUCGCGAAAAUUCGCUUAUACAUUUAAAAUUAUUAAAACAGCUGAUGGCAAGGCUUGCUUGACACAAAUGACCAAGAAGUUUCAGCUGGAAACGCCACAGCCUUCUUCAGUUGGAUAAAAAAAUAUAUUAAAAGAAUUAAACUUUUAAGACUUCAAACUAGGUUGUACCAUAUUCCUUUCAAAACUAGAUGAAUCAAUCACCAUAGUCGCCUCUUUAAUAGCUCCUUUUCUUGGAAGGCGCCAUACGGUUAACAUUGUGAUUAAGGACGGUAUGAGGAGAUCCUUAACGUGUAUAGUACCAUCAAAGGGGAAUUUUUUCUACCCUCGAGUAAAUUUCAGUGAUGAAAUUCUGGAAAUGGAUCCUCUCAAGAGAUUACAAUAUUUUGCCAUCGCAAAAGUAGCAAAAGAAGCCAACUUAUUAUUCAAUUUCAAAAUACUCGCAAUAUUGUAAUUUUUGUAAGAAAACUGUAAGAAUACAUCAAUUUAAAUAAAAAAAAUCAAAAAAUGUCAGACUUGAAAAA